AUGGCUUCCGAGAUCGAUCCUCCUGACGACAUAUCUGAUGGUGAACAAUAUGGAACAACAAAAACCCAAAUUUUGAGUAACCCACCUAAUCUCCUGUUUCUUCAAAGUGCCAAUUUUUCCACCGAUUCACUUGGGGAUUCCGACGUAUACGAUGCCCACGCCGCCGAAAGCGUUCCCGGAACACCCACAAUUGGUCUCCAGCAAAGUCCCAUACCCAGACGGUACUCAAACUCAUCGCUAGCUUCUCCCCAACGCACUACAUUCUCUAAUCGGACACCGAGACCAAAGUCUGUUUUCGACAUGGAUACGAGUCAACUCAUAAUACUGGAAGACGGAAGUCCUGCUCACCGCAUAAACAACACUCCAAGAGCACGUAACUCAGCGUAUUUUGCUUCCACAAGGUCGUACAUUCCUUCGGCGCCGAUUGCUCCUCCGUCGGGUUCGAGGUCCAGUUCUCCAAUUCGAGCCACGUCUCCGUCACGCAAUGGUCGCAAUUAUAGGGCCAAGUCGCCGGUUCGAAGAUCUUCCUCGCCGUCAAAGUCUCCUCAGCCUUUCAAUUUCCAGCCCCAGGAAUUAAUGAUCCAUGGAAAUGGCUCGGGACCAACGCUCCAGGUGAAAACUGCCCACAGAAAAGGUCACAAAUACAAGCACUCGUCGGUGUCUAUGAACUUGUUCCAGGAACCUCCGCCUGCUGCCGUAUCCGCGAAUCAAGCCAUGAUCCCAGAUCUGCAUCCGAUUCCCACAUUCAAGGAGUCGGUUUCUUCAUUGACAUCUCACCAAAAGAUAAAGCUCGCCUGGUCGGUGUGUCACCUUUUGCUUGCGGUGGCUUUAUUUAUAGUUGGGUUUCAUUUCAAGCUCGCAUCUUUAUCGACUCUUGCUCAUCUUGUCGUGUACGAUUCGCUUGGGUCGUUGGUAAUAGUGCUUGUCGAUGUGAUGUCAAAUUUUGAAGUUUGGAGCUGUUCGUCAAUCGCUUAUCCAUUUGGACUUGGACGCCUCGAGGUGCUCGCCGGGUUUGCAUUGAGUACCUCUUUGAUCAUGGUGGGCUGCGACCUAAUUAGCCACUUUUGCGAGGAGUUUGUGAUUGAGUGGAUAGUGAAGGACCCGCAAGUUGACCAAGAGGCCCACCAGCAUCUGUCUCAUCACAUUCAUGGCGGCGGAACUAUUGAAAAUAUGUUUGCAUACGAGGUUUCGUUGUGUAUCACCAUCAUCUUUACCCUCUUAACCUCGAGAUAUAUUGUUGCGUCCGAUCGGAUUAACGAAAUGAUAUCUUCCACUGGGAAAGAGAAGGGAGGAGAGGGUCGCAUACGACCGGUAUUGUCGGUGAUACUCAAGCAUCCUACCCAUUUUUUGACUCUACUUUUUGCAAUUGGCCUCGCAUUACUUCCAGUUAUACCAGAGGCUUUCACGUCAAAGAUAGACUUGGAGAUUAGUGACGCUUCUACCUUGACCAUUGCUUGCCUCUUGUGCUUUACUGGAUGGAGACUUGUGAGUAAGCUUGGUUCAAUACUCUUAUUGUCAUAUCCUUACUCAAGUUACGACUACUACAACCUAAAAAAUGAAAUCAUCGAUGGCAUUUACACUAUCGAGGGCUUCAAGAAAUCGUUUACGGUUGACAAGUUAUUUAUUACAAAGUUCAAUCACCGCCUUUUCGUGGUGGGGUUGAAAUUCCUGAUGAUCGGUGCUAGUAUUGACGACGAAUCUCGGUUUAGAUUCGAAAUCAACCGACUUAUCUCUCGCAAGAUUGCCACUCUUGAGUAUGCUAGCCCUCAGCUCGAGCUCACAAUUGACAUUACUAGAUAG